AUGGCGCCGUCUACGAACCAAAAGUCCAUCGACGCCCGCGAGCGGAAGGCCGCUGCCGCCGCAGAGGCUGCGCGCAUCAAAGCCGAGGAAGCGGAGCGGAAAAAGUGGGAAGACAACGACAAAGGCGUCGCGAGGAAGCAGGAAAGGAAGGCGGCGGCUCAACAGAAGGCUGAAGAACGCGCUCAGCACAAGGCAGAGCUGCGCCGGCUGGCCGCUGAGGAGGAUGCGGCAGCCGCAAGAAACACGCAGAAGAAGGCGCCUCCGCCGAAGCUGACUCGCGCACAGAUUCAACAGCGCGCUCUUCUGGCCGCUGCGCAGAAGAAGAAGGCCGAGGAGGAGGAAGCCAAGAGCAGGUCCCCGAAGGAAAUGGAAUUGCAGCCCAACAUCAAUCACAUCAUUCGCCAGCAGACGCUCGAGGCGCGCGAAGCUGGUGUGCAUCUGGUCACCGCGUCGGGCGUCGAGGAGGCGCUCGCUGCGAUGUCCCUGAGCGACGGCGCUGACCGUCAUCCAGAGAGACGCAUGAAGGCGGCCUACAAGGCUUACGAGGAAGCGUGGCUGCCUCGACUUAAGGCAGAGAAUCCGUCUCUGAAGAGAUCCCAGUUGAUGGAAAUGCUCAACAAACAAUGGAGAAAGGCGCCGGAGAAUCCAAUGAAUCAAGCUGCGGCGGCGGCGGCCCUGUCGCCGUCCACGCUGGUGCCGUAG